AUGGAAUCUUCUCUCUUGCCUCGGGUGCCUCCUCACGGCGAUGUGAACGGGCUGCCAUCGACGCCUCGCCAACUGACCGUUGUUAUCUUGACAUUUUUCUUCCCCAUCUUGUCCCUUUUUGUCUUCGCUUUGCGCGGAUAUGGCAGAAUCAAGACUCACCAGUGGGGAAUUGAUGAUUACCUCUGUGGCCUAGCAACGGCGUUGGCGUUACUGAUGAUGGGACCGACCUUCAUGUAUGUGAGGUUGUCGUAUGUUGGCUUCCACGACUUAGAUGUCCCAGUGGACUACGACCCGACGGCAGCGCUUUGGUGGUUCUUCUUCGCCCAGAUGGUAUACAACCCUAUCCUAGCCCUCGUCAAAGCCUCAGUCUUGGUAUUCCUCCUCCGUCUCGGCGGCCAAAAGCAGAGAGUCCGAUGGAGCAUCCAUGCCCUGAAUGCCUUCAACGCCGCGCAUGCCGUUGCCGUCUUCUUCGUUGCCCUUCUCCAAUGCCUGCCAAUAGAGGCAAACUGGAAUAUGGAGGCCAGGGCGAAUGCGUUUUGCGUGGAGAAGGAGUUUCACGUCAUCGCCAGUUUCUUGGUAUUGUUGACUGACUUCCUGGUCUUGGCGCUCCCGUUCUGGAUUUUCCUCGGCUUGAAGAUGCCCAUGGGAACGAAACUGGCUCUUAUCGGCGUCUUCAUGGUUGGUCUAAUUGUCCCGAUUGUCUCUAUCAUCCGACUCGUCGAGAUUAUGAAGAUCUACUACGAGCCAGGAGGCGCCAACGACUUUCAUUACUCCAUUACCAUUGUCUAUUCGACCAUCGAAGUCAACCUCGCCAUCGUCUCCGCAUCCGUCCCUGCUCUGCGAUACCUUGUCCGAAACUGGUUCCCGAAACUCUUUGGAAGCACCGCCAAAGGCAAUUACAACACGAGUGGAAAUGUGUACUACGGGUCGAAUUCUCGCUCGGCUCCUCGAACGACCGAUGUCAUCGGGCUCAAGGACAUACGAAGCGGGCGCCAUCACACCGAGAUUCGAAGCGACUCCCCCACUGGUUCUGAGGAAGAGAUCAUGACAUACAACGGAAUUAUCCGAACGAUGGAUGUUAGCCAGACAUAUUCAACCGCCAGCGGUGCUGCGUCACGGGACUCGACAGAUUUCAAGAAUCACGCAACAGCAAAGACAGAUAGUUUAUAA